AUGGCGAAAAACCAAGCGAUAUUUCCAGGAACCCAAGUAUCUCCGCCAGAGUUUGACGAUUUAGAACAGAACGAUGGCCGGUCCAUCACCGCUUACACCUUCACUAACAACACAAACCCAGCUACGAUUGUUCCUGCAAUUUCACAUGUUACUCACCUGAGUUUAGCAAUCGUCUUCACGACUUUGUUUGCGCUGUUGUUCUUGAUGAUCAUAGUUCAACUUUUUCUCAUCUUGUACUUCGGUCAUCGAAGAUUAUCGUACCAGAGCGUCUUCUUGUUCAUCUACUUGAUUUGGGCAGCUCUGAGGACUACCCUUUUCUCAUUCUAUUUCGGAAGUUCUGCAGAGGCAGACUCUUUGCCUGCUUUUCCUAGGUGGCUACUAUUUGCUCUUCCAAUCUACUUGCAGUUUCUAACGUUGUCGGUUUUAACUGUUUACUUGGCGAAGGUAAGAUGGUUGCGUCUUGUCUUCACCCUGAUCUUAAGCUUAAGUUUAAGUCAGUUAGAGCACAGCUAGGGCUUAUUCCCUUCAGUCCAAGCUCAUACCUUUUAAUUCAGUUUUCCUAGGUCCCAUGGGGUUUAUACUUGCAUGGUGCAUGCCAAGGUACAUAUGAGGCCCAACUGUUAAGCCCAAAGUUCCACUAGGCUACCCAUACAUUUUUUUCUCUGCUUCAAAGGCAAUUCACCCGCAGAAAGCUGCCACAAAAUUUCUAAUCCAAACGCUCCUUGGCUCAAAAAGGUCUUUUUAUCCCCCCAUCAAAACUCAACCUAUACUUGUAGAUACAUUCCCACCACCUCCUCAGGUUGAAAGGAAAUUUGUGUAUGUUGGCCAUUCAUGUAUCUGUGCACUGAGUUCCUCUUGAAGGCUGUUAAGCUUUAAGGGCAUUUACCUAGUGUACCGGGCACAGAUGAUGUAAAACAAAAAAACAUAAACCAUGAAACCAUACCAAGCAGAUUUUUCCCUGAACAGAAAACAAAGAAGUCUUUUGUUUUACGUCAUCUGGCUCCAGUACACAAAGUUUUGAUCGCUUCAAGUGUGAGCCACUUUGACCACAAAAAUCUGACCAUAUAAUGGAAACCUGCUGGAGUGGCAUUUGAGGCUGUGCUGUAAGAAAAAUUAAUGAUAGGGACAACGCGACGGCAACGAGAAUUUCCAAAAACAAAACAAUAGGGUUAAUGAGCAAGACAACAACUUUUCAUGAGGAGCACUCGUUUUUGCACAACUAUGGUGUGAAACUGCCUAAUUUCAUGUUUUAUGGAGAACGCGAACAAGCAAUGACAAAAUUUUUUUAUUCUUUCUGAACUUGGAUAUUACCCCUUAUUCAACUUCCAGAGGGUUCACCUCCAUUUUACAAAGUAAGUGGGUAGGAAUAAUCACGAUAUAGACUGAAAGAAUACAAUUUUGACUUUUUAAAAGACGUUCUCAUAGCCGCCGUGUUGUUGGAUUUUAAAGCCCCUAAUUAUUGUAGGGAACCCAGUGUUUUGAACCUUUGAAAUUCAGUGUGGGGCCCAGCAUAGGUUUGCUAUUAAAAAACCUAAGAUUUCUUAGUUUCCCGAGAGCAAAAGUAACUGGUACCAGGAGCCGCUGGGCACUGCUAGAGUACAACUUUGAUAUUGAUACAAUUAUGUAAAUAACAUUUGUCUGGUAGAUGAGAUGCAAAUGAAAAGAUUGUGUUAAAAUUGUGUCAUCUCUUGUGGGUCAUGAAAAAAUGAUGAUGGAUGUUCCUUUUUCGGCAGGUUGUGUUUAGAACAAGGAGAACAUCUUUUGAGCCAGUAAUGUUUAUGUAAGUAGAAAAAUGUAUUGUGUUGCAAAGUCAAAAGAAAAAGAGGCCUGUUAAAAUGAUUCAGAGGACUACCUAAGACUUUGUAGUUACACAAAUUCAUUUUUUUGUUACAAAUUUGUUCGACCUUCUACAGAGAUGUCGAUAAAGGCUGGGUGCCGGGGUUUAUAACCUUGGCCUCUAUGACCUUUUUCCCAAGCUGCCAAUUCAUGCAGUGUAGGAAACAUGGAAGAAAAAAGAACAAAAGGAAGUUUCUAGCUGUUCAAUUUUCUGUCUACUAAUUGCAUAUACGUGUACUUAAUGACUUGAAAUUUUAGUGACAGCCCACUUUCUUUUUUAGAAUAAUUUAUGAGAUAUUAUAUUUGUUUAUUAUUUUUGUUCAACAAUUUUUCCCAGGCCAUCAAGGGUCAAUUAUAAUUAUUAAGCUGCCUCUUCUGGGUAUCUGACAAACAAUCUUUGCAGGUGUUCGCAAACAUUUUGAAUGCAAAAAAAUAAAUAAAUAAUGUUAAAACAUUCAUACAUCCAUCCAUAGCUUGAUGACUGUAAUCAUGAUUUUUUGAACAGUGUCAACUGGGAAAAGCAAAUAAUGCUUCAAUUAAUUGGGGCGGGGGGGGGGUGGUUGAUAAAUUGGGGUUAAAAUGACAGUCUUUGACCAAUUAAGGGAUGUUACAUGUGGGUUUGGUUAAAAUUUAUCGGGAGCUCCAAAUCUCUGAGGGUUUGAGAAAGUUAUCAGGAUUUUACUGUACUCUUUCACCCUUUCAGCAAUAAGCAAGCAGCUAAAUUCCCCUGAGAGUUGACAAACCCCGAGCAUUCAGCCCACAAGUAUAUCUAUACAACUUUAAUCAUUACAUUCAUGCAUAAACAAAAUCUUGUUGACUAACUGCAACCUGUCAAAAAACUAUUCAAAGAAGUGUAGCAGGUCGACAAUCAAAUUUAAAGUUGACUAGAUAUAUGCUGUGUCUCUGGGGACACGUCUCCUUGCCCAGAGACAGCAUUACACCUACACAGUGUCUUACUGUAGCUUUGUUCCCUUCAACAGGAGAUAUCUGCUUGUGUCAUUUGUCAUGGUGAACGUAAUUUUCGUGGUCAUCAACAUCGCAACUGCAGUUGUUUGUCCCCUCCAGGACGCUCAUCAAAUUAUGGUUAUAGUGAGGGUGGUAGUUAAUGGUCUCCUCUUUGUUUUGGUGGGAAUUGUGCUCUGUGUUUGCAUUAUUAAGGUUUGCAUUCAUUAAUAUAAUAAUUGGUUAUUUAGUCACGACAGGUAUUUAACCCUUUAACCCCUAAGAUCAAAAUGUGAAUUCUCAUUAAUUUUGUUGCCCCCAUACAUUUCCUACAAAAGUAGUGGGAGAGAAUGAUAAAAAUAAUGUCGAGCAAAUUCGUCUUGUGUGAUCGUGUCCGUAAUUCUCAUGAAUACUCUGUUUUGAUAAGCAUUGAUAUUACAAGGAGAAAUUUGAUGCUGAUCACUCUUAGGGCUUAAAGCAUUAACGCACAUUUAACAGUUAUUGAAUGAGGCUCACACCCUCAGCUAUUCCUCCCACAUAAGUAUUUAGGCAUUACCAGGAAACUUUUUCUUUAUCCUACCACUACAAACUAACCAAAGAAAACAUCAUCUAGGAUAUCUUGGAAUAACGUGCAGAUGGUUAUUAGUAGAACAAGAUUUUUCUCUAAAUUUAAUUUUUGAGUGAACUUUUUUUGUUGUUGUCAUAUUUCUCUGCCCUGUUUGAAUGAAUCAUGCCCAUAUGGAUAUAAUUUGAAAGAUCUCUUCCCCUGCACAACAAAGAUGUUAAAUUUUUCGGUUGUCUAUAAUGGUUAAAACUGAUGAUGUCACAAGGCAUGGGUAGCUAAAGAUCUGGGAAUUUUUUAUUGGAAGAUCUGAUUCUGAUAAACACUGUUGACACCUCGUUCGAAGCUCCAUCCCCCAUACUCCUUACUACAUAUUAUCCUCCCAAAAUCAUAAUUUUGAAUAUGCCUGAAAUGUAAUUCUGCCAAAAUGUACCGCUGCAUGUUAGGAAAAAAAAAUUAGCCAGUUGUAUUGUGAUGUCCGAUCCUGUUGAUGCUAUAAUUUCAGUGUCAAACAAGUGGUAAAAAGAAGCUUUAUCUCAAUGAGCAUACCUAUUUUUCUUGCAGAUAACAAGAGCUCCAGCUGUCAAUUUGUUAAUCGAGGGACAGGUACAUGUUGGUGUUUGUUUGUUUAUAUUUUGGUUGUUGUUGCUGUCUUUUUUUCUUUUCAUUUUUUUCAUUGUAUGGUUUUUUGUGGCACAUACAGUGCAGUUUAAAGUUACUUCAACUAACAUAAUUGUGUUUUCUAAAAUCUGCAUUUUUAAAUUUAUUUAUACAAUGUUGAAUUGAAGUUCUGUUUACUAAGUUCAGCCCUCUCCAUCAGUCAUUGAUUUGAAAAGGACUCGUUCUUGCUGAUUUUUGGGUGGGGUGUUUUUGCACACCUUGGUAUUAUUACUUGCUGUAAGUAGUGGAGGUUAAUUUCUUGACUUUUGCCGACACUGAAUUAAACUGAAACACUGGCACAAUAAUGGAUUACGUAUAAUGGGUUCAAAAAAUUUAUUUACUAUUAUCUUUUAUACGCAUGUUUGGUUUUCCUCUUUAUUUUGGAAAAGUCUAACAGUCAUUAAUUCCCGUUGACACUGAGUCGAGGGACCAAACGACACAUCAGCAGCACUAUCCAUAGGCAGAUAUCUGCAUCGACAUGUCAACGUCUCUGUUACAUGUCCUAAACUGAAUAUUUAAUGCGUUGCAAUCACUAAUUUAAUAUGUACAAGGGUGCAAAGGUGUAAAGUAUACAAACAUCCGUGCGAUAAUAUGGUAAUAACAGGUUGGCGCAACGAAACAUGUGAUACAUAGUUGUGUAACAGACAUAACAGCCUUAAUGACCUCUACACCAAUCAAAACUUCGAGCAGAAGAAAUGGCUUAACUGCAGAAUACCCUUCCACUUUAAAGCAACCUUAAAGAUAGGUGGGUACGCGGAUACUCAAUUGCUACGUAUCCGCGUACCGGGUGUCCACUUUGUCACUACAUAUCCGAGUUAAGUAUCCUCGUAUCCACUUAGUAAAUAUCUUUUAAAUAAUAGUCACUGCGUAUCCGCGUGUCCGCUUCGACAUACUCUUAAGGCAGCAUACGAUAAAGCUUAUAGUAUGUCUAUAAAAAAAAAAGUGUCAAGAAAGAAAUACCAGACGUUGUAUAGCCCGUGCUUCUUGAAAUAACUCAGCAAAGCAACGCGUGUGAUCAAAUGACAGAUGUGGGUAGAUAUUCCACCCGACACUGUACCGUCUAAUAAUGGAGGAGAACCAGCAGAAGCUCGAUCAGAGAACAAAUAGCUUUUAUUUUCUCUUCAAGUCCCUGUUGUUUCUACUCAAGCUCCUGAGUUUAUUGUUCAGGUUUCUCCAUCUGUGACGUGCAAUGGACUUUUAGUUGAAGUGUUGAGUUUGUCUUGUAAAAGAGCUGUCAAGUUCUCUGAGACACUUUUUGUGCUAUCUUUUGGUUUCUUUCGAUGCCUUACCGGCGCGCUAAGUUACGGCUUCAUGUCUUCCUUCAUAUUCUUCUCUUUCAAUAAAAUUUUAAAGAAAACAAUCUGAAAAAAAGACUUAAAGCAACAACAAAAUCAGCGAUCUGGAAAAGAUCGCUGAUUUUCCUUUUACACUCUUCCACUUCCUCUCUUUGAAUCCCAUUGUCGUCAUCCAGCCACUGUUGCUUUAUUCGCAGGUUUUUUAUCAUCACUGCUGUCUGCCCGCCGCAGGGUUGUCCCUAGGAUUUCAAGUUGUCGGGUAAAUACAACAAGUAGGCGGGUAAUCAAUCAGCUAGGGAUUUCUUUUGGUCCUAUUUUUCUUCUAUUUUCCUAUGGAAGUGGCCGGGGGCCACGUUCUUAGUAGCCGGGGAGAAUCCCCGGCCCCCGCCUCUUAAUGACAGCCCUGGCCCGGGCUGCUGAAAAUUUCUCAGCAUAGUACCGCUUGUGAUAAAAUGACAGAUGUUGAUACAUAUUCAGAAGCAGCAGAAACCUGAAGAGAAAAGAAAUAUAUAUAUUUUUUUCGGUCCAAGUUCUUUUUGUUUCUACUUAAGCUCGUGGGUUUUCUGUUCAGGUUACUCCAUCGGUGACGCGCAGUGGACUUUUUACUUGAAGGUGUUUUCCUUUGUAAAAGAGCUGUUAAGUUCUCUGUCAACGUUUAGUGUUUUCCUUUGAUCAUGAAAAAAGAAGACAUAAAAACGCUGUCGGAGAAGAAGAGAAGAAGUUCUUUUUCCGAUGCCUUACCUGCGCGGUAAGUUUCUUUAAGUCGUGCUCCAUGUUCUUCUCCUUCAACUUUGUCGAUCUAUCCAGAUCGCUGAAUUUUCUUUAACACUUCCACCGCCUCUCUUUGAAUCCGAUUGUCCAUCUUCAGCCGCCGUUGCUUUCUUCGCAGGUUGUUUAUAAUCAAUGCAGUCUGUUUUGUUGGUUCGUAGAGCUCUCCAAGCACCUUGUCGUCGCUGUACAUAAACAUUAACUAUGCUAUCUUUAGUCGACGAAAUCUGUUAAAACAGAUUCCGUCGACUAAGGAUAGCAUAGCCAAUUUACAAUCUUUGGCUAACAAAAACAAGAUGUGUCUCUUGAGUAAAAAGCAUAGAAAGACCUAAACUACCAACAAGUGCAGUAUGAGCACUGAAAGUGCUUGAUUGAAAAAUCAAUGUCCCUAAAUUGCUCGCUAAAUUUUUGCCAUAUUUUUUGCGAAAAGUGGGGGUUUAAUUUAGUGAUGUCAUAAACAGUUGUUCAUGUUGAUUUCUUCUGCGCGCUCGGGCGCGCGCGCAGAGUUUUUUAUUCAGCGAUACUUUUUGUCAGCACCAGGGCGUCUGCGGUAUUAUUAACCUAUUCUAUUGCGGGGCUAGUAUCGCGUAGUCAACUUGUUUCUCUUCCCGUUUACAACAAUUGCUGAUGGCGCCAUCCAUAGCUUGUGAGUUCUUCAUUUCGAGUAGCAGGCGAGGGAAAAGAGCUUGCAAGCUAGCAGCAACGCUGCAACUCAUGUGCCCCUCACGCGUAACUUCUCACGGUUUACCCCAAAGGAGAGCUUAAUCACCGUCUACACCAUCUACCAAGUGUGAGGUCACGUUACCAUGGUAGCACUAUUUCUGGCUGAUAACGAAACCGACGGCGACGGCAAGGAGAACGGCAAAAAAUAUUACGUUUAUAUUAACAAACAACAACUUUGCACGUGCAUUUCGUUAUUUUGUACAUUUCUUUGCCGUCGUUGCACCACUACGACAGGAAACUUCCUAAUUUCACGAGCCCGCGUUAUGGCGUAGGUGAACACAACACACAAAUUUUCUUUUUCUUUUUCUUUUUCUUUUUCUUUUUCUUUUUCUUUUUCUCUUUCUCUUUCUCUUUCUCUUUCUUUUUCUUUUUCUUUUUCUUUUUCUUUUUCUUUUUCUAAACUUAGAUGCGGUCCUUUCGGUUUUAACCCAGAAACAUUUCGCCAACAUUUGACAAAUUGAAUGAAAUUAAAUAAGGUCAAUGAAGUUUGAAACAGUGCGAAUCAACUUUUUAAGUGACGUUUUGGUUUGUUGUCAUCCAGAAAUUUUGCUACCAUGGCAACGUGAUGUAACGACUUCUCCUCUCUAUUAAUCACCAGUCGGAGCGGUAAAAAAGGACAAUUUUGGUCGUCAAUCAAUUGACAUUCUCGAGCUGUCUAAACUCUGGCCUGCAAGCAAGGACUUAGUCUCAAAAAGGCAUAAAGGUCGCCGCUUGAACAGUAAAUCCUCUACUAAGCCUUCCCUUUUAGUGGAAAAAAGUUCUUAACCCCCCCUUGUUUAUAGUCCUCCUCCGGGCUUUUCCAGAAACUUUAGAGUGGACGUAAAAAAAUGAAGUAGGUGGUAAUAGAUUAGAUCAAAAGGAGCGGAAAGCCUUUCACACGGCUUAGCUGCAUGGUUCGGGUUAGUUUAAGGGGCCCGUAAAAGCGUAUUUCAAUGCGUUUUGAGAGACCAUUUAAAGAAUUUUAGCAACAAUGGUGUCACCUUUUUUUACCUUCAUUUGCUUUGUUUUUCGCAUGUUUGUUUUUAGUGAAAAAUGAUGUUGAGAUACAAAUACCACCGAAUUAUUCCCCGCUUAAAAAGUUAUUCUGUACGAGCAGCCGGCGCUUCCGUGGCAACCAUACCGUGAUUUUUGCUGGCUGCUGUAGCUUCUGGAAAACACUGGUUACACCGAGGAUUUCUUUGUAUAGAGGUUCGUUAUGUCGAGGUCCCACUGAGUAAGUUUGGUGAUAAUUUCCUAUUUCAUAGGGAGCUACAACACGUCAAGGAAUUCUUCUUUGCGUCUUGGUUGUCCUGUUGUAUGUAUCCCGAGUUAUUUACAACCUUGUAGCUGUUACUGUGCCUCAUGGUAUAUCAUCAUUUGGAUUUGGUUGGAUCAAUGUGUCUGAUGAGGUACUUGUCACAAUUUCAUUCGUAUAUAGCCUCCCACGUAGACAGUCUUUUGGCUCGUCACACACUUGAAUCGAAAUAGCCUGCGAGCAAGCUCUUCGGGCGCGAAAAGGAAGGAGAGCUUGCAACUACCUCUAUAAUUUAAAUUCCGCUUCCAAUUUCCCUGUUGCUCCCCGUCGACAGAGUGGUCAGAUUUCCGCCAAUCAGCGCGAAUGUAAGCAAACAUUAGGGUAAUGACGACAUUACUAAUGUCAUCUCUGCCAAUCACCAUUUUGCAUCGACUUUUUGAUGCAGGUAUUCAAAUUCCAGAGACGUAGUUACAAGCUUUCCUUCCUUUUCCCGCCCCGCCACCAGAGCGUCCCGGAGAGCUUGGUCUCAGACUAGUAUUUAAACGACUCUGUAUCGAAAAGACCGAACCCCUGUUAUAAUGCCCAUGCCCGAUAGAGAAAUUUGAGGAAGUUGUGCGACAACACAUGGUUUGUAGAGAGCGAUUUGUUGAUUUUUUUUUCCGCCCAUCCUCAGGGAUCAACCCCGAGAACGUCCGCUUGGGAGGCUAAGUUGGGUCCACUCAUUCCUACUAAAAUGACUUAUUUUAUACCUCGAUGAAUCACUCAGUGGGGGGGCCUAAAAGUAGUGUGAAACUAGCAACAGAAACUUCCAACUUGUUCUUCAGCAUUGUUGCAAAACGAGUUAAAUAGUGAUGUUGUGGGUUUACCACCCACGAUUCAAACCUGUCUUGUAGCAAAUCAGGUUCCCAGUUGUUGCAGAAAGAAGAGAGUAGUUCUACGUUUUGUAACAAAAUGUGUACAUCAUCAUGAUGCUCCUUUUACUGGCCUAAGGUAAACUUGACGUAACUCCAGUGUAUGGCGUGAUCCAAUAAGAAGCCAGUAUUCACGCUACUUGCAAGUAAUCGGACCAUAACGGUGCUUAUAUCUCCUCGAAUUUGUACCAACAGGCACAUUCUCAGCAGGUUGACAUUUUUCAUCUUCUUCUUUCUGGAUACGACAACCUAUCUCAUAAAUUCACAAAUAUAUAUUUUCUUGACGUCAUCACUGCUCUUCUCUAAAAUUACAUGUGCAAAUUUUACCUUUUUACCCUGCAGAAUGAAAUCAAAUACCAAACACCUGGUCCAGGUCAAGACUCUGAAAAUGUUCGUGAUUAUAGGUUCAUUACAUUUGGAUUGGUGCUGUUCGUUUGGGAAGUUCUUCCCACCUUUAUGGUUUUAUGGUUUUUUCGCGUCCGACGACCUCAAAUUGGAGACAUGGUGAUUCACUCUUAUUCUAAUAUUUAUUUUAUAAUGCUUAAACAAGCAGCAGACAACUCAAUUUCAGUUUGUAGCUCUCCUCGUUUGCUAGCAAAAGCUAGCAGUUUUCUCUGGUUUUGCGUCGGUGUUCAGCUGCCCUAGGGAUUCGUCUGUCGUGAAUUUUCAUAAAAGUAAGGGAUUAUUACCGGUUAUUAUCAUUAUUCCAAAUAUUUAUCCGUCUAUUAUUGCUAUAAAUUCCCCGUUUAAUUCUUCAUAACCAGCUACCAUUAUCCAAAUUUGUAAGACUUACAUCAUUAGUCCGAUUAUAUUUCUAUUAUUCGACGAUUGACGUCACGCAAAGAAGUUAGCUUGGUGGCCGUUGUGCAGUAACUUUAGAAAAUCUCACACGCCAUUAGUAGCCCUGACGCUACGCACGGAAGAAACAGCGCAAUUACAAAAAUACGUUCAUUUAUCUACUUAACUGCAAACGAAUAUGCCGCAGAACGUAGGAUAUGAUCAGCCAUUUUCCCAACUGAACAGCUUUGCAGAUUUAUCGUUCACGAAGAAAUUCACUCAAAACAAGAUUUCGUAUGAUAUGAAAAAUAACACUCGAGAUCUGCAUUACUGUUCUUAUCAUACUUAGCCUCAUCCGAUAAUUGCUUAAUAUUUGUCACGGAUGCUUUGUAAACAUACGUGUUCUGCUAAAAUUUUCAGGGACCCUCCGCCAUUGCGUCGCAGAGUUACGACAAAAAGUCUUAUUUCUUUGACAAUCCUAGAAGAUAUGACUCGGACGAGGAUCUGACCAAUCCGCAUGUGUCUUGUAGAGGGUAAAUCACUUAUGUAUGUUACCGUAGUCAAGUAGUAAGUCAGGUUGAUCCAGAGAAUCGGUUUUUACUUGCAGUUAUUUGGGGGGGCGGGGGUGUGUUGGGGGCGGAGAGACAGGGGAAAAAACGGGGCAUAGGAUUCUAGCUUUUCUCACCCAGUAUAGAGCUGCAGUAUUUUUUUCUGUCAUUGUUUUUCGGCGUGUAUUUUUGUUGUUGUUGUUUUUAUCUUAUUAUGUUACAUCCAGGAGCCCAUAAUCCAGAGCGAGCAACUUCCAUGCGCUUGUGUCACGGCGUUUUCACCCGACGGACCAGGUUAUUUUUAGAAUGGUUUUGGCGCAAUUUUGAAUACGUUUUAAAUUCCAAAAACCAGUCAGCAAACCUACAGACCUAAACAUGAUAUUUUUUGCGUUUUAGAACGUUUACUUUUCGUUUUUGAGAUUCUGUUUUGGCGGGAAAAAGUGUCCUAAAAUGUGUCAUAAAAUAUACUGGUCCGUAAUAACGCCGUGACAUAGCCCUAGUAUGGGAGUUACUUGCUCCAUGUUAUGGGCUCCUGGUAUUUCUUAGUUUAUCCAUUUGUUUUCUGUGAACGCUCGGUAUUUCCUGCAGACAGUAACCAUCGUUAAUUUUCAAAAGCAGUGGGAAGUCAGAGAAAGUAGAAAAAGCAAUCAACAGUGUCAGCAUACGAAUUUCGGGGGGGGGGAGGAGGGAGAAUACGACGAGGUCUUCUAACCGGUCUCCCUAGCACCCCCUCCUCUGUGACCCUCACUGACUUGUGCACCACAAUCCGAGCGAAUUGGACUUCUCACAGGUCCCCAGGAAAUGCCUACACCGCAAGCCAGUUUCCCUCUGCCCAAUAAACCUCGGUGACAUAACACUGAGACAGUGACUCAAGUUACGCCCUAUUUUUUAUGUUUGUUUUUCAGUAAUUAUAAUAUUCCAGGUGUGCUUAGUCCCUCACCCAGUGUCAACGGCACUGUUCGAGCAGCGCGAUCCUACGGUUCCAUCUCAGGCAUGCGCAGUGGAAGCUUUCAGAGAAGCAACAGUAACUCAAACCUCUAUAUUCCGGGUACCACACCUCCUCAGCUGUUUUCGGCAGGGUCUGGGUACCAACCAAGUACGUUAGUAGAGCAAAACGAGGGAUAGUAAGAUAAAUAUUUCCGCAAGAUGGAGAGAGAUUGGUGACAAGCUUGAAUCACGGCACUCGCCUCAAGGCUUAAAGCCUGGAGGAGAACAAGGUAUACAUAAUCUUGUAUUCAGAUUUUGGUUGAUGCGCAUGAAAUAUUAUACAAUCGUAAAAUGCUGACGGUAACAUAAUUUAUCUGUUGUCACUUGUUAAUAGUUUAAAAUCGAUAGUAGUAUCUUCUUCCAUUCCUUGGUCCAGCCAUGUCGUAGGAUAGAAUGAAGCAAUUUGAAUUUAUGUGACAAUGUAUAGGUAUUUGGUUCCUUAACAUUCCGGGCAACGAAGUGACAAACGAACGUAUUCCAAGAAACAUCACAUGCUGCGUUUUAGGUCUUACACGCUCAUUUUGGCCGAUAGAAACUUUGGUUUAAAUUCGUUGUUCGUUUCCGGUUAUCUGCUUAAUUAAGUAUCACCUGCUCCUGAAGAGCAGUUUUGAGCCUUGUCCAGUAAGUGUGAUGUUAGCUUUUCUCAGAGGUGACAUGUAAGAAGAGGUUUUGUCACUAUGUUAAAACAGUGCGUGAGUCUUGAAAGCAAAAAGUGUCACCACCUCAGUCGUUCCCUUGAAACUGGGUUUAAUAUUUUCCAGGUUAAUAACUCGUAUUGUCAUAGAAAAAAAUACAUAUCACACUCUUUCCAUAGUAUCGUUGGUUAUAAGCAAAGAGUAUAUUUUGUCUCAAGCUUGCUAAGCUUCAAUUUAGAGCCUCAUCAGGUAGCAAUAAUUGUAAUAUACCAUAACAUGUUAAUCGCAGAAUAAUUUAUUGAUACAUUUCAAUAACUUCGUGAAAUCAACGCACAUACUGCUGCAAUAAACAAAAAGUUAGAUACUGCAUAGGAAAGUUAGGGCUUAUUUACCCGUAUGACAAACGAAUACGGUUGUGACUAGAAUGGAUACGCCAAAGUCAGAUUGUCAUCUUCGCUCAAAAUACAGGAUAGGAGUCUUGUAACUUAAAGUUGUAAAUAAGAGAAGAAAGAAAACAGAAGACAAUAGUAGGUAGUAUGGAGGACUUGAACCCGCGUCAUUUAAUGUAUAAUACAUAUCCGUAUCCACUACACCAUCAAGGGCUAACUGCCGAGACCGGUUAAUUUUAACGUACUUUGCAUAGCGUUGAUCAUUACAUUAUUGAAACCUAACCGUUUUUAAAACAGUGCAAUCACUAUACUUCGGUGCUAAACCCUGUAUUCAACUCUUUUCCUUGCACAACUGUCUCUUACUCUGAUUUCCCCACUUUUCUUAAAGUUCUCGUGCCCAGUAAAUUCGCCUAAUUAUAGUACUAGCGUGGUCCAGAAUAUAGCGUUG